AGAUUCGUUCUUUUUGAACGAAUCGUUAACGAACGACCCAUCACUACAUUGCUGAGCUAAUCCGUACGAGUCCGUCUCUGCAUGCUAUUAUAGAAACCCUGUUCCUUGAUAUCCGUCUCUGUGUCAUUGUAGAACGGGCUUUAGGUGCCUACACUUUGUUCACUUAACAUAUUUUCAAGUUAAUUUUACGAUAACGGAUUCCUAUUGGUUGGAAAAGAAGUAGGGAAAAUGUAUGACGUCAUGGAGUUGCAAUGCCCUUCGAUCAUAAUAAUCAGAGGUAGCUCAUUGGCUAUAGCUGGCGUGUUAUUUGUUGAUACUGGGAUUUAAAUCAGCCGAUGGAUGGUUACUAGGUUGGGAAUUGCCAAGAUGGCAACGUACAACGUUGCCGCCCAGGAGAACGGGCUGGACUCUGAGGAUGACUCCUUCUUGGCGAGGGACUAUCAGGAGCAGCUCCUGGAAACGGCACGGAACCAGAACACAAUCCUUUAUUUGCCGACGGGAUCUGGCAAGACCUACAUAGCUGUCAUGCUGAUCAAAGCGAAAUUGGAUGAGCUGAAAGGGGAUCUUUGGAAUGGAGGCAAAUGUACUGUAUUCAUGGUGAACACUGUUCCUUUGGUGGUGCAGCAAGGGAAAUACAUUGCUCGUUUUGUGCCCGUCAAUGUGGGCAUGUACAGCGGGGAUAUGAAUGUAGACGUGUGGAAUAAAUCCAAGUGGAAUGAAGAACUGAGGAAGAACAAGGUGUUGGUAAUGACAUGCCAAAUAUUCUUGGACAUGCUGCUUCAUGGAUACAUCACUCUGGCUGAUGUCAAUCUAUUGAUAUUUGAUGAGUGUCACCAUGCAGUGGAAGAUCAACCUAUGAGACAGGUGAUGAGCACAUUCCAGGACUGUGAGAACCCUCCAAGAGUGUUGGGUCUCACUGCCACUCUGUUGAACAGCAGUGUUCGGCUUGAUCAAGUGCAGGAAUCAAUCUCCAGUUUGGAGCGUACUUUCCACGGCACCAUUGCCACUGUAGACGACCUCUCUGUGGUCGAGAGGUUUUCUACGAACCCAGAUGAGUUUGUAAGCAUAUAUAAGUCACCUACCUUGUCUCUGGACGAAACACCAAUGGCCUGCCAUUUCUCUUACAUGAAGGACUUACUGCGAAAUCUGAGAUUGUGCACAGACGAGGACAUGGAGCUAUCAACGCCACCUGGGAGUAAUCCAAUGAAAACCAGCAAAAAGACUUCAACAUCAAAGUUAAUAAAUGAGCUUGAAGACAUUAUCAUUCAUCUGAAAGAUAUUGGACUCUACGGCAGUUACAAAGCCACAAUAAUCCAUACUAUCAACGUCAUCCGAUUGCAGCGAAGAGCCAAGUCAGAGGAGACAAGACUUAUUUAUGACAGUCUACUAACAUUCUUGAAGCAUAUGAUGAAAUGCAUGUACAAUGAAAUGAUGAAGAAAUGUCCAGAAGAGGGUGACCUCACAGCUAAUCACAUUUUUAGGUUCUCAUCUCCUAAGUUGCUGAAGUUGAUAGACAUUCUGAGAACUUUCAACAACAUGGUUAAGGUACAAGAGGAGAAAAAUAAGGAGAAUGAUAAUAAUUUUGUGGAUUUGUUGCCUCAGUCCAAAUCAAAGGAGAAACCUUUUUGUGCACUCAUAUUUGUAAAGAGGAGGGCCACUUCACAGAUUCUUUACAACAUUAUAAAGGAUUUAGCAAAUCAGGACAAGAACUUUGAGCAUAUCCGGUGUGAUUUCAUUGUCGGCUACAAUGCUGUUAACACCAACAACCCUUUCUGCACCCAAGAAGCUGGCUACUUGAAGAGAUUGAAUGACAGAAUUAUAAAGCGGUACAACCAGAAUGAAAUAAAUGUUCUGUUCUCAACAUCUGUCCUGGAGGAGGGAAUUGACAUCCCUCAGUGCAACAUGGUAGUGAAGUUUGACUACCCGGAAAACUACAGAUCGUACGUACAGUCAAAGGGAAGGGCAAGGCACAAGACUAGCCAAUAUUACAUGAUGGUGUGUGAAACUGACCAACGAAACUUUACUACCAAGCUUUCGAAAUACAGAGCCAUCGAACAAGCCCUGCAAAAGCUUUUAGUUGGCCGCACCAAAGCCCGCCAAGAACCAAAGGAAGCAGAUAUUGAAAGCGAGUUGUACGAGCAGGAGUUGGACCCGUACUACGUGGAUGGCCCAGGCAGUGCGAAGGUGACCCAGACAUCGGCAAUAUCGCUGGUCAACAGAUAUUGCUCGAGCUUGCCACAAGACAAGUUCACAGUGCUUGCUCCGUACUGGUACCUUAGCAAAGAUAGACGGACUUGCAUCCUGCAGCUACCCAUCAAUUGCCCUGUCAGGCAGACAGUUGAAGGCAAGCCAAUGAACUCGAGGAAGAUGGCCAAGCGCUCGGUGGCGCUGAAGAUGUGCGAGCUGCUGCACCGGGUCGGGGAGCUGAACGACCACUUGCUGCCGGUGACCGGCAUCGACUGGUCGGAGGGACUGUACGAAGAGCUGCUGCCCCUGUGGGACGACAAGAAGGACAAGCCCGACACCCACCUCCCGGGCACCAAGAAGAUGAAGCGCCAAUACCUGCAAAAGUUCCCGGAUGUGCUGUCGGAAUGCCGACCUCAACCCGGCGAUCCUGCGUACCUGCAUGUGCUCCGCGCUCGACCUGUGUACCCACGCCCGCCCUCGAGCGACCACAGAAAGGCAGUGGUUUACGACCUCCUUUACCAGACCAGGGACUUUGCCAUUCUGUCCAGCAAGCCACUGUACGAGGUUUGCAAGUUCCCCAUCUUCAUGAAUGUUGGUGAACUGCAAGUAGAAGUCAUCAGCUGUGCCAGAAAGCUGACACUGUCACCAAAGCAGGUUGAGGCAGCAAAGAACUUUAACUGUAUGAUCUUCAUGGAUCUUGUGAAAGUUUGCAAGCCGUUCAUGAUCGUGGAUAAUGAGGACAAGGAGCAGUGUUACUACGUUGUGCCUUCCAUAAUUGAUGGUGAUGGCUUAUAUGAUGUGGAUUGGGAUGUUGUAUUUUGCUGCAUGGAGAUCCCACCAAUAGAACGUCCUUCUGAGGAAUCCCAGAAAACAAUGGACAUCAGCAAGGAGAGUUUGGAGCUGAAAGUAAUUGUGCCAUGGUACCGUGGCAGUUACACUGAACAGUUUUACAUUGUUACCAAAGUUGAUGAAAAUUUGACUACACUCAGUAAAUUUCCAACUGCGGACUAUUCUACAUACCAAAGCUAUUUCAAGAAAAAAUAUGACCUCACGAUCUUCAGGCCUGAGCAGCCAAUGUUAGAAGUCAAGUCAAUAUCUAACAAAAUACAAUUUCUUAAGCCACGGAAAUUGGGCGUGCAGGGCCUGAGCAAGCGCAAGCGACAAGAGCUGCAGGACGACUUCGAGGAGAACCUGGUGCCGGAGCUGUGCCAGCGGUAUGAGUUCCCGUCCGUGCUGUGGCUCAAGGCCACCUGCUUGCCGACCAUUCUCCACCGGCUUACCUACCUGCUGCUGGCGGAGGAGCUGCGACGAUCCGUCAACCUGGCCACCGGCGUCGGCUGCGUCUCCCUCCCCAGAGGUCACCAGUGGGAGAUGUUGAAGGAAGACUGCACCGUUGCCUCUAAUAACUCCGCCCAGACGCCUGCACAGCCAUUGAAGGUCCAAGCCUUGUCUGCGGUCGGAAGCAUGGUCAAGGCCUUGCCGCUCGGUGGCAUCGCAGCUGGAGGAGAGCCCAUUGACAUCUAUAGAGAGGACGAGAUAUCCCUCGUUGAUGUGCUGGAAUACGAUGAAUAUAUGUGCAAAUCAUUGAACAUAAAUCCACCCCAUAGAAGAAGUGUUCUUGUAAAGUCACCUGGUGGAAGUGAAUCAUUCUCUCCACAUCGGGUCUCAGACACCAUGGCCCGGACAGAGCAACAUUUCAGUAGAAAUAUUGCAGUGCCGGUGCUUAAGAUGUUGGAAGUCGACGAUGACUUUGUCGGCCCACAGCUGUGCCAUGUGUUCCAGGCAAUAUGUACAUCAUCAGCCAAUGACAUAGUCAACCUGGAGCGACUAGAAACACUCGGCGACAGUUUCCUGAAGCUGUCAGUGAGCCUUUACCUGUUCGCAGUAUUUCCCAAGUUGAACGAAGGCAAGCUCACACAGCUGAAAGGCAAGAUUGUGGGCAAUCGCUACCUCUUCUACUGCGGCAGGCACAUAGGCCUCCCAAGAAUUAUGAAGGUGCACGACUUUGCCCCGAUGUCGGACUGGGUCCCCCCUGGGUUCUGCGUGCUGCGGUCGCUGCAAGAGGUGCUCCGCCUGAUCGGGGUGUCUCCCAACAUCCUGUACGACCUGUCCGUCCCCCGCGUCGAGCAGCGGGCGGGCUUCGUGAGCGACGAGAUCCAGGACGAGAUGGAGCAGAAGCUGUUGGCCUGGGACGGGGAGCCGGGCACCCACAGCUCCAUGGAGGCAUUCCUGAGCCAACGGAGCAUCGUCGACAAAGCUGUGGCGGACAGCGUCGAGGCGCUCAUCGGCACCUACCUGCAGUCCAACGGGCUAAGGUGCGCGCUGGAGGUUGUGCGCUGGCUGAGGGUGCUGCCUUACGACAAGGCCAGCCCGGAGUUCCUGUUCGACUCCCCGCCCGCCCCCGCCAAGCUCGGGGAGGGCACGGUGGAGUUCCACCUGAAGACUGCUCACCUCUUGGAGCAGCAGCUGCAGUACAGCUUCAGGGACAGAGCAUAUCUGCUGCAAGCCCUGACGCACCCGUCCUACAUCACCAACACUGUCACCGAGUGCUACCAGAGACUGGAGUUCAUUGGUGAUGCCAUCCUGGAUUUCUUGAUUACAUCAUAUAUCUACGAAUAUUGUGGCAAUCUAUCACCAGGUGAGGUGACAGAUUUACGCUCUGCACUAGUCAACAAUGUGACAUUUGCUUCGCUUGCUGCUCGCAAUGGAUUCCAGAAAUACAUGUUGUUCAGCUCUGUUCAUCUGAUGGAUGCCAUCGACGUGUUUGUCACCUUCCAAGAGGAACGCAAUCAUGUUAUCAAUGAUGAAGUGUUCUUGCUGCUCUCGGAGAAAGACAUCAUGAUGGCAGAGGCUGUGGAGGUUCCCAAAGCUCUUGGGGACGUGUUUGAGUCCAUUGCCGGGGCCAUUUACCUGGACAGUGGCAAGUCCAUGAAGGAAGUGUGGCGUGUCUACUACGGGCUCAUGCAGGGUGAGAUUGAAAUGUUCUCCAAGAAAAUUCCAAAGCAGCCAACAAGAAUGCUUUACGAGUCUGUGCCCAAUCCUCCAGUUUACUUAAAGCCACGGAUCAUGGAGAACCAGCGUGCGGUGUGCGUUCCAAUGGAGUUGUUUAUCAACAACAAGAAGGAGAUAUUCUUUGGCUUCGGGGAGAACAAGAUCGAAGGGAAACGAGCUGCUGCCAAGCUUGCUCUGCGACAUUUGUUUGCAGAGAACAGAGCUUAGGGGUGCAACAUUCUCCAAAGCAAGGAGUUGUCGUCAAUUGUCUGAUUUGCUAAGACUGAAAUGUUUAUUUUUAAUACUGAUUUAAUGAACAUUCAGGUAUGCACAGACUUAUGAAAGACUGCAGUUAACAAAAGUUUUUACAGGUGCCCCUAUGCCAGCUUAGAAACAUUGCUAUUUGUUUGUGUUUACUUCUGCUGUAGUUAAGGCUUGAUGCUGUUGAAAGUUGAGUUCAUCAGAAUUGACGGAACGAGACUGUAUCCUGGGAGGGAAAGGGUGGGGGUUGGAACAUUUGUAACUAAUCCUCAAAAUAUUUUGGUCAAAAACAUUUUUUUAACAAUUUUGUUUUUUAUUAUGGUAAGGUCCAAUGGACCUUCCUCUUCAGUGAAAGAGAUUGAAUUCCAGGAAAUGCCCCUCUUUUGUCAGAAUCCGAAAACAUUUUAUCUUUUGAAUAUCUAGGUAUUAUGCAGGAUGGCCUUUUGAGUUUAUAAGAGAUGCUAGUGUGUAUUUUGUGUGUAUAUAUAUAUAUUUUUAAUAAAAAGAAAUAAAUAGUGAUGUGGUAUUUAAAAAAGGCCAAACAAAAAGGAAAAUUACUGUGUUUUACCUUUCUCCUGGUGAUUUACACUUUUCAUUGCAGUAAUCUUACUGGUUUUUUUUUUUUUUUUACAUGUCCUUGAAUAAUCAAACAAAUUUCCAAUAUAUGUAAAUUACACAAUGAAAGCAUUAUAAACAUUAAAAAUUAUCAAGUUGUGGCCUUGAAAUUCUUGAUAUUUUAGAGAGACAAAGAAAACUUCUUUCUGCGACUACUUGUGUUUGACUCAAAUUUAAUAGACUCAAACAAAUAUGAUCAAGUCUGGACUUGAUGAUUCAAACCAAAAUGCAAACUCACCCAUCUCUUAAGUUUAACUUUAUUUUCUUAUGACCUUCAUCAGAUUUUGAAUUAAAAAGUACACAAAUACUUUUUCUCAAGUUUCAUGAAGAAUAGUAACACUCUUUGAAAAAUUGUACAGGCUCUUUUUUAGCAGAGAUGUUUUUGUUCAAGUUAAUUUUUAACCAAAAUCCAUUCUCACUGAAGCAUUUAAUAAUUUUGUAAAAUAUUAACUAUGUGCAAAAAUAAUACAGACAUGUUGACUGAAUAACAACAUAGAUCUUACAGUGUAUGUUUACAUACAGAUAAGGAGAAAUAUUUCAUUUUGUUAAUAAUAUAAUGUCUACUUAAACACUUUGAUUCAUUAUUUAAUUAUGAUUAACACUGAAAACUAAGAGAGUCCCAAUCUUAGAUACAAUCUUCAUAGUUGGACUAUGUAGAGCCUUCAUGAAGCCAUUCACCAACUGAUCCCUAGUGUUGACUCUCCUUGGCACAAUCUCACCAUCUUGUUCCUUUUUCCUUACAAAAAAUGACGAUUCAAUAUGUGCUUCGUACGUUUGUGCCAUACCGGAUUCUCUGCCAGUCUUAUUGCGGCAUUGUUAGCCACAAAUAAAGUACUUGUUACAAAUUCAGAUAUCUCUGCCAAAAGUCUUUUCAACCACACCAUCUCUCGAGCACCUUCGCUCGCAGCUACCACCUCAGCCUCAGUUGUGGCUAUAACGGAGACCUGAUUCUUGCUGAAUAACGAAAUAGCUCCUCCAGAAUAAAUGCAUACAGCUCUUGAAGUUGAUCUGCCUGUCAGUGCAUCUCUUCCAAGAUCUGCAUCUGAGUAACCCCUAAGAAAUCCGCUGUGAUGAUUACUCUUGUAGAAUAUCCCAAGUUCAGGUUGCGGAAAAUUCUUUUAACCUUGCAUACCUCACCCUCCGAAAGACUCUCAAGUGUCCAAGACACCACUCACCGUACAUGAAAUAUCAGGCUUUGUUCCCGUCACUCGAUACAUCAAGGAAUCCAUUGGCUCACAAUAGGGGAAGUUGGUAUUCUUACUUCCUGAGAUUUCCUUUAAAAUAGGAGUGCUCACGGGUCUACACUUAUUCAUUAGAAAUUUUUCAGAAAUCCUUUUGAUGUAAGAAUUUUGGAAAAUUUUAAUACAUUCUGUGCUUUUAUUUCAAGACCGACAUAAUAUUCACCAGGUUUAGCAGUCCUUUCAAUUCAGUUUUAAGUUAUUCAAUAAUUUCCAUUGCGUCAUCUUUGCUUGAUGCAGCGAUCAAUCUGUCCAUUCUGUCAUCAACAUACUAGGUUAAUAAAAUUUUACUUCCAAUAUUACAGUGAAACCCCUUAUUUACGUUACCGUUAUUUACGUUUUCCUGUUAUUUGCACUAUAUUCUUCAGGUCCCGUUUGGUUCCCAUUUAAUCCAAUACAAUACUUUCACGCAAAUUACGUCUCAAAAAUCUAAUCCAUCCCGCUAUUUACGUCACGUAACAACGAUAGUAGGCCUAAAAACAUUGUGAAAAACGUAACUUUUAUAGUCGGCAGUGAACAUUUUAAAUCGCAAAAUAAACACAUUUUAUAACAUGAAAAGUUGCUUUUAUUUCUAAACAUAUAAUAAUUUAUGCCUAGGCGUCUAAAAGUCCGAGUAAUUAUAGCAGGAGACAAUCUAAAAUGUACUCGGGAAAAACGUAAACUCACGAAUGUAUAAACGUUCUGUUACUAUAUUUAUGUCACAACUUAGCCGAAAUACUGGUACGAGACAUAAACUUCACUAGAUAAAAUGAGCGGAGUCUUGGUAACUGUUUUAAACGUAUUUUAUAAUUUCGGAAGUAUUGUACAGUUGACACAUAUUUUUUAAACUAACCAUUUAUAUCUGGGUAUCGUAAAUAAUUAAUUAUUUGUAUCAAGACAUCAAGAUGAACGUAAACUUGAACACGGCACGGCAGCGAGAAAACUGGUGCAUAUACCAAUAAACUGGUAUUAGAACUGGACAAAACUGGUACACGGGAGGUGGAGCUUAUAUUUUUUUCCGCUAAUCUCGCAUCUAUUGGCUGGCUGUUGAUGGAACUUCACGAGUCUGGGCGGAGUGUUGAGUGAGUUAUAAUGCGCAUGCGCAGCUCAGACAACAGAGAGAGCCAGCCGGCGGCUACGCCGCGCCAUAACAGCUGAUUGAGUAGGAUGACCUUUCUCCGCGCACGGCGCGCUAUUGACGGUAAAUUUCCAAUUUGCGGCCCCUUUUUUUUUUUAAUUUUUUUACUGUGGUGCAAUGCGUAUGUAUGUGUAAUGUAGCCCGUAUUUGUUAUGAACGCUGCAGGAUGCGACUGUAUUUUAAUUAACUUUAACGUAUUUCUUACUUUUCCCAUUAUUUACACUUUCCCGCUUUUUACAUUUUUUUUUACUUUGUCCCCAUGGAAAGUGCAAAUAAGGGGUUUUGCUGUAUUUAUAAACAGGCAUGGAUCAGCAGAACUUCUAAACCCGCAUCUUUUAGAGACUUCUCAAUUCUCUCAUUCCAACAUCUGGAGCUUGUUUUGGACCACAUAGGCCCUUAUUUAAUUUGCAGACAUUUUUGCUCUUAUUUUUUAAGCGUUCAAUGCGACUAAUGUAAAUUUCUUCUAUUAACUCACCAUUAAGGAAGGCUGUAGAUACAUCAAAUUGGUAGAUAUGCAUAUGCAUGUACUGUAGAUACAUCAAAUUGGUAGAGAUGCAUUGGCAGCCACACUAAGCACUGUUCUAAUAGUAGUCUCUCUGGCUACUGGACUACCCAUUACUUCAUCAUAUCCAAUUAUACGUAAAUGCUUCAUAUAUGUUUUUUGUUGAGUCCAUAAUUCAUGAGAAGAUUUCCCUUGAACAGAAGAGAUGUGUGUUUUUAUUACGAAUGUGUGCUGCAGUAUUAAACAUUUCAGCCCAUAAUUAUUUUGGUAAUGAUUCCUUCCCAGAAUGCAUAACAAUAGAUCAAGUGUUCUAUCUUCCCUCUCUGCACAACCAUUGUGUUGUGGAGUAUGUGGCAUUGUGUAUCUCAUUUCAAUACCAUGAGACCUUAAAAUAUUAUGUUCUUAGCAUAAAUUUGAUAACAUGACCAGUUACCUUUGUUUCAGAUAUAAAAUCUUUCAGAUUUUUUAAAAACUUCAUCUUUAUUUCUAAGGAAAUAAACCCUCCUAAAUCUGGGCCAGUCAUCCUUUAAUACUAAGAAAUAUUUGAAUCCGCCUUUUGACUGAACCAUAGGACCACACACAUGUAAAUGUAUUAGCUGUCCUAUACACACUGCUCUUUUUCGAUGCCCACACAUCCAUGAGCCUUUCUGUUGAUGCGCCCUUCACAAAGUUCACCACCAUUCAAUGGCACAUCUAUGCUUAACUUUUCCUUGAUGACUUCUUUUAUCAAUAAGCACAUUGAUUUGAAUUUUAUUUAAAAUAAGUUUAUACUGCUUACCUCUAAUAGUUUUUUAUAAUUUCUGUUACUACUCCUUUAACAUGUAAAAUCUCUUCAGAGGCAUUCCCAAGCAAGUUUUUUUUCUAAUGUACAUAGUUUUUGCAUUAAAUCAUCUAAAUUCUUACGUUCAUUGUUAAUCAGUCGCCAAAGAUAUCAAUUAUUUUGCAAAUUUAUAAAACAUAUUUAUUACCUAAAGCUGCUUUUCAGUUUUUUGUUUCAAUUGAUUCCGAACAUUAGACAAUCCUGACAUAAAUCCCACAGCAUCGUUUUCGGAUGACCACUUAGCUUCAAAAAAAUUAUUUUAUAAAUCAAAAAUUCUGUCUUCAGAAAAAAUAUUGAAAUGUUUACUCAGUCCUAACCUAGCUUAAAAAAUAUUUGUUACAUGACAUUAAAUAUACAUGAGCUGAUUUUUUUUUUUUUAGUUUGAAAUAUAAAAGCGAUUUGUUAAGCUCAUCGAUACGUGCCACUUUUAUAUUUUAUCUGUUUAUUUCAAAAUGCUAGUCAUGUAAAAUGCAAUUUGCUAAAUUUUUCCAGCAAAUUAUGGAAUACUUAAAGGAAUACCGACAUAAAUCAGGUGCUCAAAAGCAGAAAGAAAAGCAUCGAAAAGAAGGGCUAAUAAAGGUUAGACAAAUUUAUUUAAUAUUGGGUUUGAGUCAUCUAUCAUAGGUGAAAAACAAAGUGAGGAGGCAAAUAAUUUGUUAAAAAUUCUUCAUUGUUAGCAAGAUUUAAAAAACGAGCAUUCCUACAUUUACUCUGCAGCCUGUAAAAUAGCUCAACAAAUCAACAGAACUCAAUAUUGCUAAUUUAUUUCCGAAUGUAUGUGUUACACUGUGAAUAUUCUAUGUUUUUGUUUCUGUUGCUCAAGCAGAAAGAUCUUUAAGUUGCUUAGUAGAAUAAAUCAGCAAUGGGUCAACAAUGAGUAUGAAAAACUAAUUAUAAUUAUUAUUGAUUUUUAUUUUUAAGUUUUUUUUGUUAUGUUAUAUUUUAUGUUCAGUUUUACAUAAGUUGUUAAAUUUUAAAAAGAAAAAUUUUGUCAUUUUUUGAAAAGGUGUAAAGGGGUGAAAGUUAUGUUUUAUUUGUUUUAUGCGAGAACCUUUUAAAAACUUUUCUUAAAAUGCUAUUUAAAAGCACUUGGUGUUGUCCUGUUUAUACAACAUUAAAAUCUCUAAUGAUUUGCAGUCUUUAUUUUAUUUUUUUAUAUAGUGACGGAAUUGAAGAGUUGUCCAUUAAGUAUGAGGGAAGGGAACCGUUAAAAUUUAUUGUCCCUGGGCCUUUGGUUUCAUUCAACGGCUCUGGUCGCUAGCACAUUUCUGAUAUAGGUCUUUCAGUUCAUCAAGUCCAUUAAUUGAUGUUUAGAAUACAUUCCUCUUUGUGGAAUUUUCAGUGGGAGGUAUACAUUUUUUUUUAAUGAAUCUGAAGACAUAUUAUAUUCAGAUUUAACUGAUUAAUUUUUUAUAGAAUUAAUGUAUAAAUAAUUUUGGUGGAAAUGUUUGGUUUUGAAAGUUUGCUUCUCAAAUAUAUUUAGUGGGAUUUGAUCAUGAAUGUUAAAGCUAAAUAAAGUUUUAUUUUAUUUUGUUUCUUGAUCUUUGGUGAUUGAAGUGUUGCUUAAUAUUUAUGACAUCCCACCAAGUUCCUUGCACAUGACAUAAGAAAAAAUAAAAUAUCAGUAAACAUAAGUACCUAUUGAUAAUAAAUGUAAUUAAAAACUGAGAAUGUUUGUAUGAUGUUGUUUGUUUUACAAAUAUGUUUUUUUAAGAAAGUUAUUAAAGUUAAUAUUAUAGAA